AUGACGACCAACUCAACGGUGCCCUCUCAGCCUAUUCCUACCGCUUCUUCCUCCUCUGCAACGGCCAUACCGUUAACCAACGAGAACGUCGGACCAGACUCCUUGGCUACUCUUGAAGAAGCCCGAAAUGCCACCACGUCACCACCUAUCGAUCCAUCCAAAUUAAACAAUCAACCUGCUCCACUUCCCUCUCCUCCUUUACACCAUACCACCAGUAAUGGAAACGGUUCUUCAUCUCAUACUGAAUCCAACACCACUCUGAGAUCACCUACGAACGAAACUAGCUCGACACUCGACUCUGCUUAUCUGGAUAGUGGGAUCCCCAUCGAGCCUUCCUCUCACCCCACCAUUGCUGAAACGGGCGUCUUGUCACAAUCACCAAGCGAUGGACCGGGACCAAAACAUGGUCAAUUGAAGAGGGCAGAAAAGCCAAAGAGUGAUAAUGGGAUCAUCAAACUGGGUAGUUUGGGUGGAGAAGGGUUGAAGAUCAAACCUCCAACUGGAAGUCCGACGGGUCAUUAG